AUGGCGCCUCCUCGACGGAACCUGCUUCCAAAAGACCGGUUUGGUCUUGCGUUUGGUGGCCUAAAAACACAAAACUACCAUGAUCCUGCUGCUCGUGGGCCUGGUUCUCAUACAAUUCGCACAAUAGCAUGGAACCCUACCGGCCAACUCAUUGCCACCGGCUCCGCAGACCGUACCCUUCGAAUCUGGAACCCUGAGCGCUCGCAAGUGAAAUACUCCACCGAACUGCGCGGCCAUACUGCUGGAAUUGAGAAAGUCGUGUUCAACCCAGUUCGAGACUCCGAGCUGGCUAGCUGCUCCACCGAUGGAACCGUUCGCGUUUGGGAUGUCCGGUCAAAGACCUGCGUCAGUCGUCUAGACGUCGGAGGCGAGGCAUUCACCCUGUCCUGGUCUGCUGAUGGAAGGGUAAUGAUUGUUGGCAGGAAGGACGACACCCUCAUACCCAUCUCCGUCGAAUCCCCAUCCACCCCAAUCAUCCACCCAGACGGACCACCCAACGCCGCAGCAACGCAACAGCAACAGCAACAGAAGCCCACCUUUACACCAUCAAUCUACACAGCCCUAGAAGCACACCCCCAACCCAUUCAAACAAACGCAACAACUUUCUCACACCACAUCUCCACCCCUUCCUCCCCCGACCUCCACCUCUUCGCCACAACCGGCGAAGGCACCGUCAAAAUCAUUUCUUACCCGUCCUUCGACGUCCUCCACACCCUCCACGCCCAUACGUCCGCCUGCCUUUCCAUCUCCCUAGCACCCACAGGUCGCUACCUUGCCGUCGGGGGCAGCGACGCCCUCAUCUCGCUAUGGGAUACAACAGACUGGAUCUGCAAGCGCACUGUUUCGAGCAACAAUGGUGGAGCCGUGCGCGGCGUGAGCUGGAGCUUCGACGGUAGAUUCAUCUGCGGUGCUUGUGACGAAGUAGGCUGUGGCGGUAAUGGCUUGGAGAUCUUCCAUGCGGAAACGGGCGAGAGUGUUCAUACCGUUCCUACGGGGGGCAAUGCCAAUUCGGGGAUUCCGGCUGUCGCGUGGCAUCCGUCGAGGUAUUGGCUUGCGUAUUCUACUACUGCGGAUGGGUCGGGGCCGGGUGGAUUGAGAAUUGUAGGGGCUGCGGGUGGGAAUUUGUAGGGAUGGUUGGUAUUUUGGUUUGAUGAGUUGAUAUCUAUUUUCGCAUUUUUGUGUAUGUGUGUGUUGUGGCGUUUGGUGCGUCGGAUGUUUUAUUUGAGCUUACGAUGCUUACGGU